UGUGAAUUUCAUUUGAUGGGGAAAGGAAGAAUGGUCUCAGCUUCAGCUCCUCCUGCUCCUAGGGAAGUUCCAUCCGAUGAGAAAUGGGAGGAAAAUGAAGGCCCUCCCCGCGAAGCCAAAUGGUGGUACUCGACUUUUCACACCGUCACCGCCAUGGUUGGGGCUGGAGUUCUCAGUCUUCCUUAUGCCAUGGCAUACUUGGGCUGGGGACCUGGAACAUUGGUGAUGGUGUUGUCGUGGUGUAUAACAUUAAACACAAUGUGGCAGAUGAUACAACUCCACGAAUGUGUCCCGGGUACUCGUUUUGACCGUUACUACCACCUAGGACGGCACGCAUUCGGUCCAAGGUUGGGUCCGUGGAUCGUGUUGCCUCAACAACUCAUUGUUCAGAUAGGUUGUGACAUAGUUUACAUGGUGACUGGUGGGAAGUGUCUUAAGAAGUUCAUGGAGAUAGCAUGCAUGAGUUGCACUAGGAUCAAACAAUCUUAUUGGAUUAUAAUGUUUGGUGGAAUCCAUUUCUUUCUAUCCCAGCUUCCCAACUUUAAUGCUGUCUCUGCUGUCUCUUUUGCUGCCGCAGUCAUGUCUCUAAGUUACUCAACAAUAGCUUGGGUGGGGAGUUUGGGAAAAGGAAGAGCAGAAACAGUGAGUUAUGCAUACAAGAUGACAAAUGGACCGACAGAUUACAUGUUCAGAGUGUUCAAUGCAUUAGGGCAGAUAUCAUUUGCAUAUGCUGGUCAUGCAGUUGUGUUGGAAAUUCAAGCCACUAUUCCUUCAACACCUGAAAGGCCAUCCAAAGUUCCUAUGUGGAAAGGGGCUGUUUGGGCUUAUUUUAUAAAUGCCAUUUGCUAUUUUCCAGUUGCCUUGAUUGGGUAUUGGGCUUUUGGUCAAGAUGUUCCUGAUAAUGUUCUUGUGGCUCUUGAAAGACCUGCUUGGCUUAUUGCUGCUGCUAAUUUGAUGGUGGUUAUUCAUGUAAUUGGUAGCUAUCAGGUGUAUGCAAUGCCAGUAUUUGAUUUGUUGGAGAAGACAAUGGUUAAAAAGAUGAAUUUCCGCAAUGGAUUUCCACUCAGACUUGUUGUUCGUUCUUCCUACGUCGCAUUCACUCUUUUCAUUGGUGUGACAUUCCCAUUUUUUGGUGAUCUUCUUGGUUUCUUUGGUGGGUUUGGAUUUGCUCCAACUUCUUACUUUCUUCCUAGCAUCAUAUGGUUGCGGAUAAUGAAACCAAAGAAAUUUAGCCUCAACUGGUUCAUCAAUUGGAUAUGUAUUAUUGUUGGAGUGUUCAUAAUGGUGGCAUCAACAAUUGGAGGGCUAAGGAACAUUGUUGCAGAUUCUUCAACUUAUCAAUUCUACUCAUAGUCAUUCUUCAUAAGGCAACUACCAUUUCUCACCCAUGUUUGUAGUUAAAUGCAUCAUGAUGUGAUCAUCUUUUAUCAUUAAUGUUAUUUAAGCCUUUGCUUGUUUGGAGAAUUUUAAUUAUGUUGUUUGGAAUCAAACUUUUAUCCAACAAAUUUAAUUUUGUAAUUG